CAUGUGGCGCGCUUACAUUAAUGUCAAAGCCUAACAUGGUGGAUGUGCUCCUUCCUUUGAGAGCUCAGUUUUCUCUAAUCCACUCAUCUCCAUCAAUAUUUCUUCAUUGUUUGAUUAAUGAGUUUCCAGCUUCUAAGAAUCCAUCACACAUUAAAGCCAGCUAGGUCGGAAAAGCUAUGGGACAAGAUACAUUGAUUUAUAGCUUUGUGUCCAGAGGAACCGUCAUCCUAGCCGAGUACACCGAGUUCUCUGGCAAUUUCAUCGACGUCGCCGGCCAGUGCCUCCACAAGCUCCCCGCUUCCGACAACAAAUUCACCUACAACUGCGAUGGCUACACUUUCAAUUACCUCGCCGAGAACGGUUUCACCUACUGCAUUGUUGCAAGGGACUCUGCCGGAUCACAACUUCCAACUGCCUUCUUGCAACGCGUGAAGGAGGAUUUUAUCAAGAGAUAUGGUAAAGGGAAGGCAGAUACUGCGAUUGCCAAAAGUCUUACUAAAACAUUUGGCCCCAAACUGAAAGAGCACAUGAAAUAUUGUGUUGAUCAUCCUGAAGAAAUUAGCAAGCUCGCCGCAGUUCAGGGUCAGGUGAAUGAAGUAAAAGGUGUAAUGAUGGGAAACAUUGAGAAGGUUCUUGACCGUGGUGAGAAGAUUGAGCUUCUUGUUGAUAAAACAGAGAAUCUUCGCUCACAGGCACAAGAUUUCAAGAAACAAGGAACCGCAGUUAAAAACAAGUUGUGGUUCGAAAAUAUGAAGGUGAAGCUUAUAGUGAUGGCAAUCAUUAUAGCUCUGAUUCUUAUUAUUGUCUUGUCUGUCUGCCAUGGUUUCAAGUGCUGAUUACUACCCUGUAAGUUAUUCCAUGGUCAGUCUCGACAAAUUUGCCAUUUCAGUGCACAUACAGCUUUCUAAAGCUAAAUUUCUAGAAGAGGCUGCGAAGGUAGGCCUAACCGUGCUUUUAGGAGGAAUUGAAUCUUUCAUUUCCUCUUAGAUGAUAUAUGUAUUCAUUUAUAUUUAUGAUGCUUUAGUUUUCCCAAGUUGACCCCAUAAUUAAGUGAACUGGGUGUGGAAUAAGGUGCCACUCAAUUAGUUUUGAUAUUUCUUAUGAGUAUAUCCAAAUCUCAAAUCUAAAAAUUUACGCAAAUUUCGCUCCAUUUGCUUGUCAAUAAAAACUGUAUGAACCAUGGUUUGUUUCUCCA